CUCUUUAAGUUCGCCCGCCCUCUGUCGAGUGCUUCACUCACAGCUCAGAAGCGUCCUUAGUGGUACAAUCACUACUGGACGUCCUAACCGCAGAAAACUAGGAAGAAGCGUCAAAAUGGUGAAGAUAUCUUUUCAGCAAGUAACUGCACAGAAGCCGGAAAAGGAGAACGAUGGAGACAAAGAGGAAAUUCACAUGCCGUACUCUCAGCAGGAUGAGUUGGUGCUCCCGGUUAGAUCUAAGAAGUCUUCCUUUAGUGGCCUUUGGUGCGUCGUGCCUGGCUUGGUGAUCUUCCUGUCAGGCUUGAUCCUGGCGUCUGUAUGCCUGUACCGCUACUACUUCAGCCCCCAGAUCCCAGAGGACAGUUUGUUCCACUGUCGGGUGAUGUAUGAGGACCCCCUGUUCGCCCCAUUACUCGGAAGGCAGGAGCUAGAGGAGAACGUCGGUAUCUACCUGGAUGACAACUAUGAGCAGAUCAGCGUGCCUGUGCCCGACUUUGGAAGCAGUGACCCAGCUGACAUCAUUCACGACUUUCACAGGGGACUCACAGCUUACUACGACAUUGCGUUGGAUAAGUGUUACGUUAUUGAGCUCAACACGACAAUCGUCAUGCCGCCCAGGAGCCUGUGGGAGCUGCUUGUCAAUGUCAAGCGGGGGAUGUAUUUGCCCCAGACCUACAUCAUUCAGGAAGAGAUGGUGGUGACGGGGCGCGUUAGGAACAUGCGUCAGCUGGGACCCUUCAUCCACCGGCUCUGUUAUGGAAAAGAAACCUACAGACUGAGACGCCGUAGCAGCCAAAAACGCAUCGAGAAGAGGGAGACCAGAAACUGCCACAGCAUCCGGCACUUCGAGAACACGUUCGUCGUAGAGACGAAGAUUUGUGACAGACUCCUGCUGUAGUUUCCUUCCCUUCUCAACUCUACUGAGCAAAACCCAAAACUGACCCGUCCCCAUCUGUCCAGCUUAACAGCACUUUAUCAGCAUGAUAUACCUGUACAUAAUGUUAGAUAAUGCCAUAUCUGUGUUUUCUUGGUUUGGUUUUUCCAAGAAUAAACUGUAAUGACUUUUUUCAUUCCAAACUGUAUGUGGGGGUUUUUUUCCUUUCUUUUUUUGUCUUUGUCUAAAUUAGAUUUUGAUUUGCAUAUUCUGAAGCACAUCGUCUAGUUUGUUUUUUUUCAGUGGGGACGUUUCCUCAAAUAUAACUUUGAGAUUAUUCUCAGACGUCUGGCAUGCACUGAUGAAUGAUUUGCGUAAAGCCUCGGUUUGUGUAGACUGAUGGUUAUUUUAGUGUGUGUCAUUUGUUCAAAAAUGUUGUUCAUUUCUUUCUGUGUUGGCUAAGAAAUCCAGUAUUAGAAAAUUGUCUUCAAUGCCAAAAGAUGUAUACCUCAUAUUUUAGAAAUGUAUGACUUUAAGCCUGUUAGUGUGAGUUUUUGAACGUGAUAUAAGCAAUAUAAGUUUUCUUAUCUUGGAUUUCCUAACUUUACAUCCAUUUCUUUGUAGUAAUGUUGGUCAUCGGAGCAGUUUAUCAUGUUCAAAUACUCUGUGUGUUGCUCUUUAAUACAUGUGAAUAAAGUUUGUAGAAAAAUGUGAAAAACUAGCCACCGGAUGUUGGUUUGAAAUGUUUCAAAUGCAGUAUGUCUAUACUGAUAAGAAUGGGCUGUUCUUUAAGUUAAAGGUGAGUUUUCUUAGGCACAGAUGUGCAGAAAUCUCUUCCUUGCUUUUCCUAUUCCUUUUUUUUUAAUGUACGGUCCAUCCAUGAAUAAUGGUAGAUCUUUCGACCUCAUCUGAGGUGGAAUCAUUUCAUAUUGCUUGCACUUUUUCCUAAUUGUACCAUUUAAAUGUAUUUGUUCAUCUUCCACAUACUGGUGUAGCAACAACUGGUUUUGUCUGGAAUAAAUGAGGCAUUUGAUUUGAUGCACUCUAUUCUGCAGCUUUGUAAAUGAUAAUUGCUUGUAAAAAUCCAUCAAUAAACCGCUGAA